AUGGCAGAGAAGACCGAUAGAAACGAAACAGCGAGAGAUUCCUGUUCCCAAAAUCCCGAUGAGCGAACGGCACAAAAUGUCGAUUUAACUACCUCAGUUCCUCCUCCAGGGGCAGGGAACAUUUUCAAUGAAUCUCUCGGUAAUUUUGGAUUUGAACAACAGGAGAGAUUUAACGAUGAUAAUAAGGAUCAGAAUGGAGAAAUUAAAAUGGAGGAAUUUGAAACCCCUAAAUCGAACAAAGGGAAAAUUGAAUUCGCGGAAUUAAAUCAUGAAUUACUAAUGAGCCUAAUCGACGCAAUGAAAGAGAUGAAGGUACAGGUCCAGAGCAUGGCCAACGAAAUUGCUCGAAAUAAUCAGGCCACAAGCGACUUAAGGGCCGAAUUUACAGAGAAAUUCAAGACCUUACAAGCCACAAUAGCUAGUGAUGUCCAUAAAAUCUAUGACCCAAUCAAACGUCACGUAACGGGUUUAACAAAAAUAGUUCAAGAAAAUGAGUCGAAAAGUGCCGUUAUUGAGGUUAGUGUGGCUCAAAUACAACUUGACGUCAGCGCAAUCAAGAAAAGGGUGGAUCAGCUUGAAUCCAAGGACAAAAUUCAGAGUCCAAAUACAGAGAGCACUCGGAUCGUCCCGAAGCCCAGUAAAGUAGUUUCAGAUGACGAAUCUGAGAACGAAGAGGAAAAAUAUGAGCCCGAAGAGAGAACAGAAAGGAUUCGGACGAUGCUGCCAAUGGACAUGCAUCCAAACAAAAUUAAAAUUAAACCUCCCACAUACGAUGGAUCGGAAAGGAAAAGACCAAUGAAGUUUAUUAAAGAAUUCCGUCGGUAUUGUGAGAUGACAAAUCCUACAAUCACCGAAAUGAAAUAUUUGCUGGGACAGUGUCUAGAGAAAGCCGCGAAAGAGUCAGGAAAAGUGAGGAAAGACCUUGAAUUCGGACACUACUCCGACAAGAACAAUAAAACAUCGAAAGUAGAAUAUAAGAUCAAUAUUUUUGGAGCCGCGAAGUAUCUCAUCUCUCCUCCAAGCGACAAGGAUAUAAUUGCGUCACUCUCGCAACACUACACGGAUGAAAUCCAGGCCACAAUAAUAAGCCGAGGAUUCAAAACACUGGAACAAUUGAUCGAAUUCCUGGGUAAAAUCGAUCGGCAUGGACCAAUAAAUUCCAAAAAAGAAAAAGAAGCCUCUCAAACGAAUCAAAAUCAAAACAAAAAUGAGGAAAGGCCAUUCCGUAUGCCACAAAACAACUGGAAUAACCAGGGUGGUUUUCAAAACAAUUUCAAUCGUGGGAAUCCAAAUUGGAACCAAAAUAACCGACCCAAUGGAGGUUAUAACAACAAUAACGGCUGGAAUAAUCAACAGAACCGCAAUUACCAGCAGAACUACAAUCAGAGGCCCAACAACAAUAAUUAUCAACAGAAUUACAACCAGCGGCAAAACAACGGAUAUCCUCAACAAAACCGCAACAAUGGAAAUAAUAAUCAACAGAACGGAUAUAAUCGACAAAAUCAGAUUCCGAAUUGGAGACCGCAACAGGACAAUGGAGGAUACCGGCCGCCGAAUAAUCCAAACGAUCAUCGACAAAAUAACGGACGACAACGGCCAGAAAUUCAAGCGAUAGAGGUCCAUCAAGAGCCUCAGCCAUCAACUUCUCGGGCGGGAAACGAAUAA